AUGGUCACUGGUUCCGUGCCUGAAAGAAGAUGUGUUAGCCUUGUGGAUCCUCUUGUGGAGCCGGGGACAUGGUUCCAGAAGAUGGUGGGGAGCGUCCGAACUGACGUGAUUUUGCGAGACGUGUCUUUCGAAAUUCAUUCCGGAGAGGUGAUGGCAAUCUUGGGCUCGAAAGGCAGCGGAAAGCGGGCUUUACUGGAAAGCAUUUCACGUCGGGCUCAAGGUGCGCGACGAGGCAAGGUUAUGCUCAACAAGGUUCCUGUGACCCAGAAAUUCUUCCAGAAAAACUGUGGUAAUGUCGGACCUGGCACUGCUGCAAGUGCGGAAUCGAGACGUGGAGGAUUUGUCAAAAAGCGAGUACCGGAGGUUGGCGAUUGCUGUGCAAAUUGUCCGAGACCCGCGUCCCUGAUGGGAGUUCGUUGUAGCGAGAUUUCACUGUACACUGUAUUCGCAUUCGCAGUUGUUCUGUUGUUGGACGAGCCGACCUGGGGCCUGGACCCACUCAACACCUACUUCAUAGUGUCCAUCCUGAGCAACCACGCGAGGAAACGGCGUCGCAUCGUCGUGCUGACCAUGGAAAAGCCCCGGUCCGACAUCUUCCCGUUCCUGGACCGAGUGGCGUACUUGAGUCUCGGAGUGCUCGUCUAUGCGGGCCCGACGCGUCGCAUGCUGGACUACUUCCGGUCCAUCGGGUUCCCGUGCCCGGAACUGGAGAACCCGUUGAUGUACUACCUGUGCUUGUCAACUGUGGAUCGGAGGUCCAGGGAGAGGUUGUUGGAGAGCAACAACCAGAUCGCGGCGCUCGUUGACCGCUUCAAGACCGAUGGGGAGCCGUUUUUGCGCUCCGCAGGGCCGCCACCGGCGCCGGACCUGGACUCGGCGGAUGUUCACGGCGGCAACAAGGUCCCGCUGACGGCCUACGGGAAACCCGGUACUGGAACAACGCUCUGGACGCUUGUCAAGAGGAAUUGGUCCUAUACUCUGAGCAGGGGAAGAACAGGAAGAAGCAACAUUUUUCUUAGGCUACUUUUGCUGCCUUUGGUCUGUGGUAUCAUAGGACCCUUCUUCUAUUAUGACCUGGAGAAAACCCAGCAAACACUGAUGACUAGGUCUUCACUCAUUUUCAAUUCUAUCAUGCUUGUCUCUGCUGUGUCUGCUGUUGUCACUGCCAAAACGUAUGCACCCUUGAGAACAAGAUAUUACCAAGAAGUCAGAGAAGGUGCUUAUGGACCAGGGAUUUUCCUGUUCUCCCUUCUGCUGCAUUCCUUGCCACUGACCAUUCUGAGUGUCCUUGGUGGUUCCGCUCUGCUUUACUGGCCGCCACAUUGGAGGACAGCGGAUGUGGAGUCAUUCUUCUUGGUUGCAGCGGCCAUGUUUGCUACUUACAUGUUUGUUGAACAGCAAACAGUCGCAAUUCUACUGGUUGUCAAGUCUUCAUUCAUGGCUGCUUUGGUGUCACUAUCAAUGCUUGGAUUGCCAGACUGGUUGUAUUAUUUGUCCUACGUCCUUCACUAUCGGUACGUCGGGGCAUUUUUGCACGAUCUGGAAUUUGCGAAAAUGAGAGGAACUGUGGACUCGAGAGUUUCUGCGCUGGGGCUCGAUUUAGGCACCAGGAAUGGUACCAUCGGUUGCGCUUCCAUCAGAGCUGAGUUUGGCUGCAGAUACUACAAUGGAUCCUCGUUCUUACAGGAACGGUAUUACGUGUCUGACGAGGCGCAAUGCAAACGGGAUCCGAGUGGUUUAACCUUCUUGUCUGGACCUAACGCUUGCACGGACGAUUUGCAGAGAGAUUUGAAUUUUGGUCUCAUGUUCUUGUUUCCUGUCGUCAUGUUCUUGGCGAAUUUCUUAUUGUAUUACUUUCCGCUUCCAGCUUUCCUGAAAACGAAGUUCCGGGAAUGA